UGUGGCGGGGAGGUGACCCCACAUCUCCCUCCGCGCGGCAAGCGGGUGGGCUGGGCUCGGCGGCGGCAGCGAGGAGCGGAGGGAGCCGGGCCGGGCCGGCCGGGAGACCCUUCCCCCUCCCCCGGCGGCGGGAUGUUCAAGAACACGUUCCAGAGCGGCUUCCUCUCCGUGCUGUACAGCAUCGGCAGCAAGCCCCUGCAGAUCUGGGACAAGAAGGUGCGGAAUGGCCAUAUCAAAAGAAUCACCGAUAACGAUAUCCAGUCACUGGUGCUGGAGAUUGAAGGAACAAAUGUCAGUACCACGUACAUCACCUGCCCUGCUGACCCAAAGAAGACACUGGGCAUCAAACUGCCCUUCCUGGUGAUGAUCAUUAAGAAUCUAAAGAAAUACUUCACCUUUGAAGUGCAGGUCUUGGAUGAUAAGAACGUGCGCAGGCGCUUCCGGGCAAGUAACUACCAGAGCACGACCCGGGUGAAGCCCUUCAUCUGCACCAUGCCCAUGCGGCUGGAUGACGGCUGGAACCAAAUUCAGUUCAACCUGUCCGAUUUCACACGCCGCGCCUAUGGCACGAACUACAUCGAGACCCUAAGGGUCCAGAUCCAUGCGAACUGUCGCAUCCGGAGGGUGUAUUUCUCUGACAGACUCUACUCGGAGGAUGAGCUUCCAGCGGAGUUCAAGCUGUACCUCCCCGUUCAGAACAAGGCCAAGCAAUAAACUGCAUUGGAAAGAAACACGAGGAACGCGCCAUGGCUCGGUAUGAACAUGAAGGCAGGUGGAGGAGAAUGUCCUAAUGAAACACAAUUAGCUAAAUUCACUCUGCAUAGGGUAACUAUUGAAUAAUUUGGUAUCCCUUUCCUGGGCAGGACACAACUAACCAUGUAAUAAUACUGGAAUUGCAUUGUACGUCCAUAGGUAGCACCGAAUCAGAGUAUUUAUCUGGCUGUUCCUAAAAGUGGAGUCUAAACACUGCGAGUGACGCGGUACCUAAUUUUUGCCUCGCUUGGGGAAAUUACCAAGUCAAUGAGAGUAGCGUGUCUGAAGAGAGGAUCUGGUGUGGAAUUACAGGGUUAAGUGUGCCCUCUCAAAGAUACCAAUGUGUUUUUCCUUUCCUGGUUUUCCAUCUUUAUUUUAUAUGUGCUCUAAAUAUGGAUGUAAUACUCACACUUUGAAAGUUAUUAAACAUUUGAUUCUGUUUGUAAGUA